AUGACCCAAAAAAACCAAACCCAGAGCCUCCGGGAAGAACUGACCUGUGCCAUCUGCUAUGACCUUUUCCGGGACCCAGUCAUGCUCGAUUGCAUGCACCAUUUUUGCAAGGAGUGCAUCCAGCGCUAUUGGAACAGAUGCUCACGAGUUGCCACCUGUCCCCAGUGUCGGCAAGAGUUUCCCGCACGGUCCUUCCGCCCCCACUACCUGGUUGCCGGAGUUGUGGAAACAGUUCGGGAGGCCUCCUCCGAGGAGCACAGAAGAAGAAUGCAGAAAAACUUCAGAGAGGCAUUCCAGUCUUUUCAGCAGGAUCGAGAAAAACUGAUAAGAAUGAAACAUGUGGCAGAAGAGAGUCUCAGCAGCCUCCUGAAAAUGUCUGGCGAGCUGAACGUAAAGAUCCGAGCAGAAUUUGAGCAUCUUCGUCGUGUCCUGGAGGAAGAAGAAAGAACUGUGCUGAUGGAACUGGCCAGAGAGGAGGAACAGUGGGUGAUAAGACUGCAAGGAGAGUCUGCACGCUUAGAACAGGGGAUCUACGAGUUGAAGAAAAACAUGGAGCACAUUCAGCAAAACCUUGAAAAACUGGAGAACUCAUUGCUGCUGGAGGUGGAAAAUGUGACUGUCAGGCCAGCCAUGCAGGUUGAAGCAUUGCCUGCCUUUAGCCUCGAGCAGCACAUGGACAAGUAUGAUGGACCCUUGCAGUACAUAUUUUGGAGGAGGAUGCUGAAAUCAGUCAAUCCAGCUCCUGCGCCUCUGAUCUUCGAUCCAGAAUCAGCCCAUCCUAACCUGAUCCUCUCCAAAGACCAGACUUCAGUGACAGAGAGAGAGAAGCCUUACUGUGUGUCCAGCAGCUCCAGCCGUUUCCUCAAGUGUGUGAACGUGCUGGCAAGACAGUCCUUUGAGAGCGGGAGGCAUUACUGGGAGGUCUGGGUGGGCAGCAAGGCCAAGUGGGACCUAGGAGUGGCAGCGGGUUCCAUAGAUCGGACAGCAAAAGUCAGGCUGUGCCCCGAGAAUGGCUACUGGGCUCUGAAAUUGCGGGGAAACUCUGAAUACUGGGCUGCAGCUACUCCCCAGGUGCGCCUUGAGCCCCAGUGCAUGGUGAAAAAAGUGGGUGUCCUGUUGGACUGCAAGGAGAACAAGGUGGCCUUCUACGAUGCUGAGGACAUGUCCCAUCUCUUCACUUUCCAUCAGGCUACAGCCUGCAAGUUCUACCCUUUUUUCAGCACUUGCUUCAGUGAUGGCAGUAAAAAUGCAGAGCCCAUGAGAAUCUGCCAUCUGAGUCUCUAAGGGUGCCUUGUAGCCUU